CCCCGCUCGCGCUGCUCGCCUGCACGCGUUCUACGCGACGGGCCACCAGUCCGCGAUCGCGUCGAUCCAGUGGAAGGCCGCGUUCGUGCUGACGCCGACGCUGAGCUUCGUGUGGUCGCCCGCGACGGUCAUCAUGAACACGCUCGGCCCGCAGUUCCUCCUCGCGCUCGCGGUGCCGCUCGUCGCGCUCUGGAACAUCGAGCCACUGCCCCACCCUGCCGCUGGUACGUUCGUGACCGGGGGCGCGGUGCGCGCCGCGCUGGGCGUGAUGCUGUACCAUUCGGUGCUCCUCCUGGGAAGCGCGGCGAGCUCUGCGUGGCUGCGGAGGCAUCUGAUGGUGUGGAAGGUGUUCGCGCCGAGGUUCAUGAACGCGGCGGUGACUUUGGUUGCUGUUGACGUUGCGGUGCUGCUCGGUGUCGGGGUGGGGGUGUGGAGGAUCACCGCGCAGGCGGCGAGUUGUUUGGGGGGAUGGCGCAGCGACAAUCUUCGGGUUCAAACACCGCGCAACAAAAUACGAGUAAAAAGUAGGCAGCACAAAUGACCGCGUUAUGCACCCGUAAUACCACCAAGGACGUUGAUCGCCUGGCUCACGAGUGUUUAUGCUCUGAGCACCCGCACGCGUGUCCUCAGAGCACAGUUUACUGCGCUUCAAGCGAAAUUUUCUGACAGGAUGUACGCGACGACAAACCCAAUGCACGUGCGCUCGUCCUUGACGCAGGGAGGUCGGGAGUCGAGGUGGACGUAGGGUUCGGCAAGG